GUUUUGAAAAAGCAGAUAGAAUAGUUCGUGUUUAAAUAGCUGGCUGUGCUCUCGCUGCGUCAUGUCAUGUCAUUUUUGCAUACAAAUUAUAGUUAGCUGCCUGCGUGUAAGCUGCAUAUUUAGGCAAACCUAUAAACGGGAAAAAGUUACGGUGAAGCCCCAUCUAAUUUUCAGCCUCAAGUCUUAUAUAUUUUGCCUUGAUUGGAUCCGAUUGAUCAUGCUCUCCCGGCUAUUCAAAUCCACCUCUUCAUCUGCAGCUUCUUCUUCUUCUUCAACAGCACCAACCAAUACGUCUGCCAGCAUGUCAUUCAACGGCUUCAUCAGCGUAGACUACAAGUCUAAUCCAGUAGACAUCCCAGACACAUUUCUUACCGGCCCAGCGUCUGAGCCUGUCACAAUAAGACCCGUUCCUUUCAAAGAAUCUGGGCUGCCCGAGUACGCCAAAUGCAAGGCGUGGAUCCUCGACGACGUCCUAUCCCGAGAAGAGUGCAGCGAGCUAAUUGCCUACGCCGAGGCUUCUGCUCCCCUUGAGAAGCCGGGUGAUUCUCCCUGGAAGCCCGCUCUUGUUAGCGUAGCCCCAGGAGUAGAAGCUUCGGCACCAAACUAUCGCCACAGCGAUCGAAUCAUCUGGGACACGCAACUUCUUGUCGACCGUCUAUGGGAUCGCUGUGCCCAAGCUGAAGGACUGCAGGAGCUCGUUGCCACAGCUCCAUGCCCAAGGCCAUACCGUGACCGCAGUAAGAAAGGGACAUGGAAAUUUGCCGGUUUAAACGAGCGGAUGAGGUUCCUCAAGUAUGGACCGGGCAUGUUCUUCAGGAGGCACUGUGAUGGCGCGUACUCAUCUGAAAAACCUGAUGGUUCCAUUCAAGAGACGUACUAUACAUUGCAUCUCUACCUCAGUGACGAAGGCCUUGUCGGAGGUGCAACCGCUUUUUCAUCGCUCGAUAAGAAGAGGCGAAUGGAUGUUGAUCCCAAGGCAGGCAGUGUCCUCAUCUUCCAGCAUCAGCUGUUGUACCAUGAAGGAGCGGAGGUCAUAGAAGGCCUCAAGUAUACUAUGAGGACGGAAAUCAUGUAUCGGUGGGAAGAUGAGCCAAAGGCUGAAGGGGAAAACUAGAACUUCCUUCAUUCUGGGCUAGAGAUUAUGAUUAUGUAUGUCGCAAUAAAUCAAG